GACGUGUCCUUUGAAGCUCGUUCCGGGGAGGUGACCGCGCUGGCAGGGCCCAACGGGAGUGGGAAGAGCACAGCUGUGGCACUGCUGAAGCGGCUGCGGCAUCCCAGGAAAGGGGAGGUGCUGCUGGAUGGGAUCCCACUGCAGGAAUACGAGAACCAGUACCUGCACCGGCAGGUGGUGCUGGUGGAGCAGGAUCCUGUCCUGUUUUCCGGAACGAUCCGUGAGAACAUCGCACUGGGGCUGGAGAACUGCAAGGAGUCAGAGCUGCACGAGGCUGCCAGAGCCGCUGGAGCCAUGGAAUUCAUCCAGGGGCUGGAGCAGGACUGGCACACUG